AUGCUACGCGAAACAAGUCCUCCCACAGGUUCUGCUCCGUCUUUGUCUUUGCCGAAUCCUGAGCUUGUUCCUGUCGAUAUACCCUCUCCUUUGACUAUCGCAGACGCUCCGCCCUCUUCAAGGGUGUCUCAAGAAGUUGACGAAGUAGCUGUUCGCCAACCCUUCUAUGUCGAGGUCCCCCUCCUUCCUACGGAAGUAAAGAAACAGUAUAGCACUGACGUCCUGGAACGUCUCUCGGCGCUCGAGGAUGAAGUGGAGAACGAACUUGUCUCCGUCGUAGGAGAAUACGAAGAGAAUGGCCAGCUGUACUAUUUUGCAAAGUAUCCCGACGGAAUUGCUCAUAAGUUCCCAGCCGAACUGUUCAAAGCCCGGCAUCCAGAACUUUUGGACGCGUAUAAGCAACAGAAAGAAGCUGAGACACUUCCACCCUUUGACCCCUCUGCUCUCUAUGUGCAUCCACGCUCUCGCGUCAGAAUGACCAUCAAGCUCAACCGACAAUUUGUGACAAAACGCCGUAGUACGCGGUCGCGCUCGAGCUCUGAUGAGCUCGCCAUGACCAUCUCCUCCGAUUCGGAUUUUGAGGCAUUCGAUCACCCAGGCCUUCGGAGGAGCACCCGUGCGGUGGCUUCUAGGGCGAACAGAAAGGUAGUCAUGCAGCUGCCUUUCAGCCCCAAGAAGACUCGGUCGCGCAAAGCUCCUGACGUUCACGACUCCGACUUCGCGAGCGACAGCGAUGUGGUGGAGAGACCGCGACCCAGGAGGUCUAUGCGUGCAUCAAGGCAGGCUCGAUCCAACCUCGACGAUGACGACUUCGAAGAUGACUUCGAAGAGAUCAGCACAGAUAGCUUCGUAAGUGAUGAGCCUUCGGCAAAGCGCAAGCCCGCGCCAACGAAGAAGAAGAUUGUGCGAGGGAAAGCCUCUCGUCCUGCAUACGGACGUAUACGAGUCGUUGCAGAUCUGGAGUUGGAUGCUGAAGAGGACGAGGAGACCGCCCCUUUACGCGCUCACAGGGACAUAUGCGAGAAAUGCCAUAGGCAGCCAACGCAUGAGCUUCUCGCGUUAGCGAGCAAGAAGAAGAAUAACAAGCGCAGGAAGAAGAUGACUGAUGACGAAGACGACGGGGAAGACGAAGUGACACGAUUGGCAGCCCUGGGAGGUUGGGUCAGAUGUUUGAAAUGCCCCGUCGCUGCGCAUUGGUCCUGCCUCGCGAAGACUCAGCGGGAUGAAAUCUUGAAGGCUGCACUAGAGAGAGAUAGAGGGGAAUGGCAGCUCGCUCAAGCCAAGUUCGACAAGCAAGCUGGCGACAAUGCCACUAGGAAGAAGGUUCUACUCGAACCUAAGAGACGGCCUGAUUUGGACGCGUACCAGACUACAGAGUUCAUCUGUGGUCAGUGCAUGAAGGGCGGGAUUUGCACGAUGUGCGAGCAAGUCGCAAUCUACCCUGACACUCAUAUCAAAGACAAGCCACAGGCGUCGGCGACGACAGUGACAUCGGUUCAGAAGACGGAUGAUGGUGAAGUCGAAAUGACAGACGCCACUGACCCCUCUUCUUCUAUAGUGGUCGCCAACAAGAACGACGUCGACGAGGAUUCACCGUUCAACGCGCUCGUCUUCAGAUGCUUCACAUGCAAGCGAUUGACUCACUACGAACAUUUGCCCGCUCCGCCUGGCAUUGGCAAGUCUAUGUCUACCGUCGACCUCGCCGAGUACUACCAGGAAGAAACCCACUGGCAAUGUGAAGAAUGUGCUUCUCUCAUAUAUUCGGUGGAACAUAUUCUCGCUUGGCGACCGUAUCGGCAGAACGCUAUCGACACACCGCCUCCCGCAGGAGAGCCAGUCAAUUACAAGGCGAUGCUACCGCGUGACUAUCUGGUUAAGUGGGUUGACAGAAGCUAUAGGCGUACGACAUGGGUGCCGCAUGGCUGGUUAUUGGCGACGCAUCCUGCCAAGUUGAAGAACUUCCUUCAAGGGGGUUCCAAAGUGCAAUUACUCCCUGAGCCUAUUACAGAAGAGAAUGCAACGUCACCAGACGAUGCAAUCGCAGCCAAUUUCGAGAUCGGCAGCGAAGACGUUACUGAACCAGUUGGACGACCGGACACCAAUCAGGCUUCCGCUCUGCUGCCGAAUCCAGAUGCAGAGCGGAAGAUACCUCGUCCGUGGGAGACGGUGGAUCGUGUGUUAGACGUGCUUCUUUGGUAUCCUGACAAGCGCUCUCGGUCAAGGAAAAGAAAAGCGUCUGCCAGAGGUCGAGGACGGCGAUCUGCUCGUAUAGCAAGCAGUGAAGACGACAGUAAUGGGGAAGAUCCGGAGAUUACUAAAGCUAAUCAGGAUUUCGAAACCGCAUACAACGAGGGUGAACAACCUAGUCAUGAUCUCACUGAGACGGUCGACGAAUACGAGAGCAGGACCGGCGAGCUCUUGAGCGCUCAAGAUGCCGACCGAGUCAUCUGGGGUUUUUUUAAGUGGGGGGACUUGGGCUAUGAAAAUGCCACAUGGGACUCUCCGCCGCGCAAGGGCGAUCGCGGUUGGACGGCGUUCGAGAUAGCGUUCAGCAGGUUCCUCGUUGCUCUUCAGGUGGUGGUCAACAAGAAGACUAAGAAAGAGUGGAUGGAAUACGACGAUAGACCCCUUAAUUCUUGGCGGGAAAAAAAUGCCUUGAAAUACGAGUCGCAACCACAGCUUGGCCAGAAACCACAAUUGAAGCUGAUGCCCUUCCAGAUUGAUGGAUUCAACUGGUUGGUCGACAAUUGGUGGAACCACCAGAACUGCAUCCUCGCCGAUGAGAUGGGACUUGGGAAAACCGUACAGGUUGCAACUUUCAUCGGCUAUCUAGCGUUGCAACGCAAGGCAUUCCCUGCUUUGAUCGUUGUGCCCAAUUCUACGAUCUCGAACUGGAUGCGAGAGUUCGAACGAUGGGCUCCGAAAUUACGAGUCGUUCCCUUCUAUGGUGAAAUUAAGGCACGCGAAAUCAUCAAGCGCUAUGAACUCUUCCAUCACGAUCCCGCCGAGAACACCACCGGUAUAAAGUACCACGUCCUAGUGACGACGUAUGAAAUGAUCACAAAUCCUAAGGAAUUCACGCCAAUCUUCAAAAACGUUCCUAGAUGGGAGGUUUUAGUGGUAGACGAGGGCCAGCGCCUGAAGAGUGACGAGAGCCUAAUCUUUAAAAAACUGAAAGACUUGAAGACUGUUCACCGCGUGAUAAUGACUGGGACGCCUCUCAACAAUAACAUCCGAGAACUUUUCAAUCUCAUGAAUUUCCUGGAUCCUGGGGAGUGGUCAGACCUGGACGCACUUUCGAAGCAAUUCGAGGAGUUAUCCGAAGAGAAGAUUAAGGAGCUGCACACAAAACUCAAGCCUUAUUUCCUACGGCGUAUGAAGUCUGAAGUCUUGCAGCUCCCUCCCAAGAAUGAAGUCAUAGUUCCUGUCAGCAUGGCACCGCUGCAGAAAGAGGUGUAUAGAUCACUUCUAAGCCAGAAUCUAAACAUUCUUCGGAAUCUAGUUGCGGGUUCAAUGGGUGCGAAGGUCAACGCUGCUAUCAGCAAGGCCAACAUGAACAACAUACUGAUGCAAUUGCGCAAGUGUUUGCAACAUCCUUAUCUUGUAUCCGACGAAAUCGAGCCCAAAGGCCUGUCCCGAGCAGAGUCUCACGCUAAAUUGAUUGAUGCGAGCGCUAAACUUGGGCUGCUGAAGAUGUUGCUACCCAAAUUGAGACAAAGAGGGCAUCGCGUCUUGUUAUUCAGUCAGUUUUCGAUCGCUCUGAACGUCAUUGAGGAUUUUCUGGUAGGUGAAGGGAUGAAGUAUCUACGGCUGGAUGGCAGUACGAAACAAGCCGAUCGACAGAAAGGAAUGGACGAGUUCAACAAGCCCGAUUCCGACAUUUUUAUCUAUCUGCUCACCACAAGAGCUGGUGGUGUCGGUAUCAACUUGUGGACGGCAGACACUGUGAUCAUCUUCGAUCCCGAUUUCAAUCCGCAUCAGGACCUUCAGGCAAUUGCUCGCGCUCACCGAUAUGGCCAGGAGAAAACAUGCCUUGUCUUCAAGCUGAUGGUGAAAGGAUCUGCAGAAGACAAGAUUAUGCAGACGGGCAAGAAAAAAUUGGUCCUAGAUCACCUCAUCGUUCAGAAAAUGGACGAUGCCGACGGGUCCAAGGAAGAUGUCCAGUCUAUCUUGAUGUUCGGUGCCCAAGCUCUCUUCGACGAGAGCGAGAAUGCAGAAAACCGGCAGAUACACUACUCCGAGCAUGACAUCGAAAAUCUCGUUGAGAAGACUGAGAAAAAAGGAGAUGAGUCAGAAGCGCAGACGAGCACGGCCGGAGCCUUUUCAUUCGCGAAAGUCUGGUCUGCAGAAAAGGACUCUUUCUCGGAAAUCGGCGAUGAACCUCAGGAUGGUGUUGAUCAGGUAGAUUCUUGGGCACAGACUCUUGAACGGAUCGCAGCGGAACGUGUUAAGGUGCAAGUACAAGAAGUCACCGGCCGAGGUGUUCGACGUCGCGCCGCGGCAGUGUUUCCAGCUCAGAAUGUCGUUUUGGACGAUGGGCGUGAGGAGGGCCCGAACACUCCACAACAGAAGAAGAGGAGGAGGAAGAAAUUGAACUCAGCCAAAUCAGAUGACUCUGAUGCCUAUGCUCUUUCUGGCCUCGAAACCGGUUCUGAUAGCGAAGCUACGACUACAUCGCUUCUUCCGGAAGAAACUCUCUCUCAGUUGCCUCUCGCGUCGUCCUCUGCUGCACCGGGGUCCAAGGUACCCUGUUCCAAGUCGUCUUCUUACGCCGUAUCAUAUUCGGAAGCUCGCGUAGCAUCCAAGAACAAGACCAUCCAGCCGCUUUCACCAAUUAUAGACAAAGAAGACGCCUCUUGCGGUCUAUGCGGAGCCAAUCAUGGGGACGCGCCAUGCUAUAUGACUCAAAGCCCCGAGAAUUUAGCCGAAUAUCGGUUGAUGCUUCUCCUCCAUGCUGGAGAGGAAUCCCUGGAAGACCGUCGGGCUGCCAUUCAGGCCAUAGAUCAGUCUCUGUACAAGCGCGGGAAGAUGUAUCUCAUCUACAAUCAACCUCUACAUCUUGUAGAACAUCCGUCGAAGGUCGCAGAUCUCUCAAAUGAGAAGCAUAAAAAGGAAAAGCCGACUACUUCCACAUCAAUCUCAAGCCACAAUGAUCAAGCGAGCUCUUCCUCAGCAUCAAGGAAGGAAGAAGCACAAACCAGCGACUUCAGGGCGAAUGGAACACAUGUCAUCGUCGGUUCUUCAACAGCAGGACCACAACCAGUACCGCGGCCUUCAUAUUGGAAAGCGACAGCAGGUCCAGCGAAACGGGCAUCAUCUCCGACUCCAGUUGCGGGAUUACCACCAAAGAGGACAAAGCUGAAGACUGAUGCUGCAUGUGCAGUCUGCGGACGAUCGCCUCAUCACUUGAUCAAGGAUUGUCCCAUUGUCGCAGAAGGGCCUAACAGAGUGAAGCAGGCGAUACGCUGCAUCGCGGCAGAUCCUACUCAAGCUGGCACGGUGAAUAUCCUAAGAAAUAUUCUCGCCAAGCAGCAGAAGCGUGAUUUGGCGGACAUUAGCUCGGCCGUUGUGAUCAGACAGUGA